UUUAUCAUAAAUAUUUUCAUUUUUUUUCAUAAAACUCAUAUUAUAAGACAUUAGGUAUAACUGGUAAUAAAUAAAAUAUGAAAUAGGGAGAAUUCUGGGAAUAUUAUGCUAUUAAAAUUCAUAAUGUGCUGUUGUGAUGCAUUAUAAUUUGUAAUUUUAGGUACAUCUAGUUAAUUUUAUUGGCAUCGUAGGAUAUUGAAAAAUAAAAAGGUCUUCAAUUAUUUUCACAGAUCAUUUAUAAUGAGUAAGUGUUCAAGAUUAAUUAGCUGGCGUCGUUUAGCUCUAGGAGUAGCCUAUUGUCAAACAAAAGCCACUAACCCUGAUAAGGUCGAACAACCAAUUGUUAUACAAUUGAAUCAAAUAAGCGAACAACUGACUCACAAAUAUUUGUUACAACAAACAUGUACUAUCUCAGUAAACAGUUCUUGUCAAAUGAUCACAAUAGCACACGUUGCACUCGUCGAUGCAUCACAAAAAUAUAAAGAUGUACUAAUUAAGAGUAUGGACUUAUUGGAACCCAAUGAUUUGUUUGAUGACAAAUUAGAAGAUGAUUUUAUGGAAUCUCGAUAUGAUAUUGCAAAUGCAAAAUCAUUUUAUUUGGAUUCUAUUAGUGCUAUGAAAUGUGCUUUACAAUUAGGAAGAUCAAAUGCACUAAUGGCUUACACAGUAGAAGCAAACACUGUAUUAAAUAGUUUAUCAGAAAAACUUUACUCAGCUGAAAAAGAGUUUCAAUCUUGUACUGAAGAGAUAAGAAAAUUAGAAGAAAAAUUUACUAAAUUGUUGGCAGACUCUAUCAAAACAACUAAGAAUAAAGAAAAUUUAGAAGAAAAAAAUAUUAAAUCAUUGGCAGACUUUGUGAAAACAUCUGAGGAUGAAGACAAUGUAAUAAACCACGUAUAAUAUAUAAAACAUUAAAUAGUAUAUUUAUUAUUAACAA